AGAGCGUUUAGAUGCGCCUCUGUGUGAUUGAGCUGUGCAGCCAGAAGCGGAGCUGCGCUUAUUCACUGCGCACCUGGCGCUUUAUUUGCACACAAAAGAGAAAGGAAGAGUUAUCUUUCAGAGAAAAAGAGAGAUGAUAUAAAAGAGGAGGGGGAGCUACCUGAGAUAAUGAGGGAGCCCUGGAGAAAUGAUCCUGAUGGGGAAGGAAACCUGACUGGGAUCUAAACGCGGAGCAGCAGCCUCUGAUCAGGAGAGUUUUCCACAAUGAUGCUACGUGAGAUCACCAUCUCAACUCACCUACUUCUGCUCCUCCAGCACUUCGCCCCCCUUACCCUGUCUCUCCUCCAGCCUCCUUACCAUCCACCUAUGCACGUGCCCACCCUGGUCCCCCAUGCCCCGACACCUCUGACCCCCUCCCGUUUCAGUGCAGAAGCCCGGCUGGACUUCAUCACACACUGCAACUCCAGUUGCUUCCACAGAGGCGAGCAGGAGAAGAAGGAGCAGCUGACGGACAAACUGGCCUUUGAGACGCUGUACGCAGACGGCUUCCGGACCCUCACCACGGUGGAGGUGGAGGAUGAUAUUGUUGAUGCUCUUCACCCGACUCAUUUGCCUUCCUGGAGAAGAAAGAGAAUAAAACACAGACGGAUGAAGAGGCAGAUUUAUGGAGCAGAUGGUCGUUUUAACAUCCAAGGUGACGACUUCCUGAUGGAUUAUCCGUUCUCCACUGCUGUGCGCAUCUCUACUGGCUGUACGGGUGUCCUGGUGUCUCAGCGACAUGUCCUGACUGCUGCUCACUGUGUGCAUGAUGGGAAGGAUUAUGUUCAUGGAGCGAAAAAGCUCAGGGUGGGAUUCCUGAUCCCUCCGUCUAUCAAUGGCACCAAAGCUGGACUGACCCCCAACAAGAAGCCUCCGGUCCGCUGGGUUCGGGUGAAACGUACCCGGGUACCAAAGGGUUGGAUCCAGGGCCCUCAGGAGGUCAGCAUGGACUUUGACUAUGCCCUCCUGGAGCUGCGCUGGCCUCACCGCCGUCCCUUCAUGCGGCUCUCUGUUGCUCCCUCUUCAGAUGACCUUGCAGGAAAUCGCAUCCACUUCUCUGGGUUUGACAGCGACCGCCCCGGGGAGCUGGUGUACAGGUUCUGUCCUGUGGAGGAGGAGUCCAGCGACCUAAUAUACCAGCACUGCGACGCCCGACCUGGAGCCAGCGGCUCUGGCGUGUACGGACGGGUAUGGGACAACGCUUUGGAGCGUUGGGAAAGGAAGGUGAUCGGGAUUUUCUCUGGACAUCAGUGGCUGGAGAUAGAUGGUGAGAACAGGGAUUACAACGUAGCUGUUCGCAUCACACCCCUGAAGUUUGCCCAGAUCUGUUACUGGGUGCACGGAAACCGCCUAGACUGCAGCCCGGACUAAAAAAAAAAAAGGUGCGCAAACUUAUUACAACAACCUACUGGGUAAAAUUUCUCUAUUCCUUACAUCUGCAAACAUCUGCAGGACACAGAACUUAUUUCCUUUAAGGGCUCUGUUCUUUAAACCAGUAAAAAAUACAAAAACUCUUCACAUUUUUCCCCCUCCUGUAUUUAAUUGGCUCCCUGUAACCUCUGCGCCCGUUAAAUAAAUAUGUCAGUGAGAUCAUCAUAGCUGUUUUUCCUUUUCUUUUAAACCCUCCAUUAAAUUAAUCUCAGUAAGGGAAAUCCACUUUCUUCUCAUGCAUCAGCAGGAGCAGCCCUACUGAUCAUUAUUGUAAUCUACUGAGGCUAAAUUAUUAUCUCCCCAGCUCUUUCAUCUUUGGUGAUUUUGGCAAAACUCCAUUCAUACUAAAACUCAUUGCUCUCCCUCCUGCAAACAACUGAAAAUGUAAAUAAACAAUAGACCUGCUUUUAGGAUUUCAGAUGGAACUAUAGACCUCUCAUAGUUGAGAGGAGACAGAAUGUUAAUUUUAUUUUUUGGAGAAAUGCUUGAUAUAUUUUAAUAAACAGAGAUUUAAGUGUU